CUUUCCAAGAGCUCUGGUACCUGUUAGCAGCAGCUGGGGAGGAGUGGGCGACGGGAUUACGCUGCCACCUCAACCUGUUAUCGUUGAUUGAAUCGAAUCACGACCGAAGCCCACGUCAACCAAGCUCGAAUAUCUCGAAGUAAUAGGGGCAAAAUGAGCUUGGCGUAUGGAGCUGGCGGCAUAGGAACCAGCCUUGCCGUGGUGGGAGCUUAUAUGCUCUUCACUGGCAGCGGCGAAGCCUUCAAUGUCGGCGCUUUCCUCGAGGCAGUUUCCCCAUUCGCGUGGGCAGACUUAGGCAUCGCCCUCUGCAUCGGUCUAUCUGUGGUUGGAGCAGCAUGGGGCAUCUUCAUCACAGGGUCGUCUAUCCUCGGUGGUGGCGUGAAGGCGCCGCGGAUCCGAACCAAGAACCUGAUCUCGAUCAUCUUCUGCGAGGUCGUCGCCAUCUACGGCGUCAUCAUGGCUAUUGUGUUCUCGUCCAAGCUCAACGCAGUUGAGGGCGCAGAGUUGUAUUCGGGGAAUGCGUACUAUACCGGUUACGCGUUAUUCUGGGCGGGCCUGACAGUCGGCAUGUGCAACCUCAUUUGCGGCGUGUCUGUCGGCAUUAACGGCAGUGGUGCUGCUUUGGCUGAUGCUGCCGACCCGUCAAUGUUUGUCAAGAUCCUCGUCAUCGAGAUCUUCAGCUCCAUCUUAGGCCUAUUUGGCCUGAUCAUUGGCUUGCUUGUGGCUAGCAAAGCGGAUGACUUCGGUCUCAAUAAAUAGACAUCCGCAACCCCGCCCCGUCAUGAUACCGGUGUGAUACCGGUCAUGUCAACUACUUGCCCAUCAAAUUAUUACUUGAUGGCAGCAUUGCCCUUGGCGUUCAGGAGAGGCAAGGUCUGGGAAAGCAUUUAUUUCAUCCAUGUAGAAUAGGUACUCAUGCAUUGUAUCCGUAUUGUAUAAACGGUCGUGAUCUAGUUUCGCCGCCAGUAGUUCCAAGUCCUACACAGUCUUGCGGUUUGGUAGUAUGCCCAUCCCCACCAUAAAUUCAUAUCCA